UUCCAGAAUUCUCGAAGCCUCCUUUUCGCUAGCCAACCGCCAAGGAAGACGCUAUCGUUUUACUCUUUCUCCAGCCAAUAAGCUGUUAAGAUAGUUGAGCUUUCGGUUUGCGUAGGAUUCCUGUGCGAGGGACGCUUCGGGGGGCGUGAAAGAUGGCCCAAAAACUUCUGAGACCGUUCAUGUCACUCUCUGCCAAGCACCUCUCAAGGCCAUUUAGUCCCCAAACUUCACUUCUCCUAUGCCGGGUUUCUGCUGUGCCAUACAAUGUUGCCUGGCACAGGCCGCUUUCCUUUACUGCCACACCUGCAGCAAGGACAUUUUCCACCACCCAGGUCUUCAGGAACACCUUUAAUGUCCAAGAUGGGGAUGACUUCCAAGACCGAGUUUUGAAAAGUCAAAAGCCAGUGGUGAUUGACUUCCAUGCCCAGUGGUGUGGUCCCUGCAAGAUCCUGGGACCUAGACUAGAAAAGAUGGUGGCCAAGCAUCAGGGGAAGGUGCUUAUGGCAAAAGUGGACAUUGACGAUCACACAGACUUAGCCCUCGAAUAUGAGGUUUCUGCAGUGCCCACAGUCCUGGCGAUGAAGAACGGAGAUGUUGUGGACAAGUUUGUGGGGAUAAAAGAUGAGGACCAACUGGAAGCCUUCCUCAAGAAACUCAUUGGGCCCUGAACAACCAAGGACAACUGAGUGACGUGCGCCAAGGACUCCUGCAUCUCUCCUUUUAAUAAAAGAAAACUCUUUCCUUGGAGGAAAAUGAGAGAAAUUGUGAACUAUUUUGUAAGAGAGGGACUAGUGUAUGAUUCUGGAGGGACUGGACUAUGCCAUUCUUUUAGUUCCUUCUCCUUGGAAAUAACAGUAGGUCUGGUUGCUGUGUAAUGAAGGCAAAAGGAAGAGCUCACUGGCUAAAAGAAAUAUGGCAAGAAAUGCAGGAUUAUUAGUAACAGAGUGGAGAAGCUUCCCUCAGCCACCUGGUUCAUUCUGGACCCAAAGUAGUGAAUAACUGCUGCCCAUGAGAGAGUGGCUGAUAUAAUCAGUCAUUAUUGUCUUCCCUCUUUGUCUGGUAAUAGUUUUAAAUCAUAUGCAGUUUUUUGGCUGCUGCCCCAAAACUUGCUGCUGCUGUUUAUAACAUUAAUAAAGAGUAACAUUGUUUGGAGUCUUC